CGCCACUCAUAUAGCUGAGUACGAACUUUUCCAAAUUGAGCUCGCGAAGAAUUACGGCGUAGCUGAAUGGAGAGAUGACAUCAAGAAAUGCAUGUUGAAAGCUGGCUUACAAAACCAACCAAUAUCAUUCUUGUUCAGCGAUACUCAGAUUAAAAGUGAAAGUUUCUUAGAGGAUUUGAACAACAUCCUCAACUCUGGAGACGUCCCAAACAUAUACGCAUUGGAUGAUUUAGACAACAUAUAUGGAGCCAUGAAACCAAUAGUGAUCGACCAAGGCCUCCCACCAACCAAGUCCAACUUAUACAAUGCAUUUACUAAGCGUGUGAGGGCGAACCUGCAUACCAUAUGCUGUAUGAGUCCCAUCGGCGAGAUAUUCCGCGCCCGUCUCCGAAUGUUUCCCUCUCUAAUCACCUGCUGUACCAUCGACUGGUUCAGUGAAUGGCCAGAUGAGGCGCUACAGAGUGUGGCCAAUACUUUCUUAGGGGAGCUGACAGACGUUGAUACAUCGAAUCAAAAAUUAAUGGGGGGCAUGGUGAACAUGUGCGUCCUAAUGCACCAAUCAGUGGCCACCCACUCCAAAAGGUUCCUUGCUCAAUUAUCCCGUCAUAAUUACGUCACACCAACCUCAUACUUAGAGUUGCUUGGUAUUUUCAACAAACUCAUCGGGAUGAAAAUAACCGAACUCACAACAAACAGAAACAGAAUGAAAAUUGGGCUGGAUAAGUUACUGAGGACGGCAGACGACGUAGCAAAGAUGCAGGAGGAGCUGGAAACGAUGCGCCCUCUACUGGAGGAAGCAGCCAUCGAAACCGUGGCAACCAUGGAAAAAAUUUCGAAAGAUACG